AUGGCUGCCUACGUCCAAGACGUGAUCAUGCUCCUCGGCGACUCCCUCACCCAGGGCGGCUGGGAGGCAGGCGGCUUCGCCCAGCGACUUGCAUUCGUGUACAACCGCAAGCUGGACGUGCUCAACCGCGGCAUGUCCGGGUACAACACCGAGUGGAUCAAGCCCGUCUUCGAGCAGUGCUUCGCAAACCAGGCCCAGCAGCAGCACGUCCCCAAGGUGCGCCUGCUCACCAUCUGGCUCGGCGCGAACGACGCCGCGCUCCCCCCCACGGCACAGCACGUCCCGCUCCCAAAGUUCGCUGCGAACCUCGCCGAGCUCAUCCACGCCGUGACCAAUCCCUCCUCUCCACGCUACGCCCCCGCGACCCGCAUCCUGCUCAUCACCCCGCCGCCCGUGGGCCCCGAGCAGUGGCUCGCGCACAUCCGCGAGAACGACCCCGCGCGCGAGCUCGACCGCAAGUUCGAGGUCACCCGCCAGUACGCGGACGCUGUCAAGGACGUCGGCGCGCGCGAGGGUGUGCCCGUCGUCGACAUCUGGACGCGCUUCUGGGAGGCGUGCGGCGAGGACGUGGCGCGCCUCUCAGAGCUCCUCACCGACGGCCUCCACCUCAACGCGCGGGGGUAUGAGCUCAUGUUCAACGAGCUCAUUAAGGUCGUCAGCGACAAGUACCCUGAGCUCCACUACGACAAUCUCCCGACUGUCUUCAUUCCAUUCGCCGAAAUCGACCCCACGAAUCCCCGCCCACACCUGAACAAGCGGGAGAUAUUUGGGAAUUAA